AUGACCACUCGGCUUAAAAACUCCAUUGUUAAGCCCAAUCCCAGGUAUACUCUCACUGCUACACUUUCUGCUGAUGUCGAACCUGUUACUGUGACCCAGGCACUUCGCCAUCCCAAGUGGCUUCAGGCCAUGAAAGACGAAUAUGCGGCUCUCCAACGCAACAAAAUGUGGGAUCUUGUUCCACCUGAUCCGUGUCAUAAUCUUGUUGGUAACAAGUGGGUGUUUCGAAUCAAACGCCGACCCGAUGCAACUAUUGACCGCUAUAAGGCAUGCCUAGUUGCCAAAGGAUUCCAUCAGCGUCCCGGUGUUAAUUUUCAUGAGACUUUCAGUCCUGUUGUUAACCCAGUAACUGUUCAUACUGUCUUGAGUGUUGCUCUACAUAACAGGUGGUCUGUUCGAUAG